UCAGAAUGCCCUCUACUCUGAAGUCCAAACGGCGCACUCGCACGAAACCAUCCUUUCCUUUCCUCGUAGGCUACACGAUUACGACUGCAGAAUUCAAGGAUGCUGUCACCCCCUUGCCUAAGUAUCAGACAUUGCUUCAGAGGCCGACAGGCCGCAGCUAUAACGCGGCGUUAAUCUUUUCCAUGUCCUUCAAAUACUUCUACGGCAUUCCAAGCCCAAUUUUCAUUGACGACGAAUCUGAAGACGACAGCAACAUGCCUGCGAUUGAAACUAGGCCCCUGCUCUUUCCAACUCGCACCGUUCCCCAAAAUUGGCCGGAAGCGCAGCGCGCGGAGUCUCCCUGGGAUCAAACCGUACUGAAGGACAUGGUGGACAAAUUCGAAAGCAUCGGCGGGAGGAUCAACUUGGCCCAGUUCAAGUGGAAAGUGGCGAGACCCGAGUCCCGCGAUUAUCCUCUUGGGUACAACUUCCAGGUCGCGCUCGAUGAGGAUCAAAUCCCUCCUGUACGCCGAGUUGAGUAUCCCGACGCCUAG